ACAGCGUCUGUAGCUCAGCGGAUAGAGCGUCUGUUUCCUAAGCAGAAAGUCGUAGGUUCGAUCCCUACCUGACGCGAAGGCAACAAGUAUCCAAUUUCUAAUCUUUCUUUUGUCUUUUUCCGAUUAAACGCGCCGUACUAGGUUUAUAUGCUAGGCGUGAUGAUGAAGCUAAAACCCUAGCUUCCAUACCCAAGGUUCUGAAUUGUUGUUUUUGCGGAGCAGAGAUGAAGGUAAUUGAAAUCAAUGGAAGUACUACUCUCUCGCUUGCCCUCUUCACCGAGGUCACCAACUCCAAGGAACUCCUGGACUCUAUGCAAGCUGGGAAACUUGAUCCUGAAGUUGCAUUUCUUAAUGCAUCACUUAUUCCAGAUGUUUUCCCUGUUCUAGCUGCGGCACAUAAGACGCUUAUUGCCAAGUCACGGGAUUCAUUGACUACGCGUACACUCCAUUCUGAACUUGUUUACAAUUACUCAGGAUCUAAACAUAUUACAGAAUCCUUGAAAAGAUGUGGUAUUUCUGAAAAUUCAAGUUAUGUCCUUGCAGCUCGAUUUAAUGCUUCUCCUGAUGAGAUGAAAGCUGUGGAGAAGCUUAUCAAUGGAAAAGAGGUUGAUUUAGAGGAGUUGGAAGGAAGAGCAGACCAAGCUCAGAUCCAAAAGCACUACAAAAUAUCUGGCCCCGAGCUAGGCAUCUCCACUCUUGCAGAUGCCAUAACAUGCAGAAUUGCUGCUCGAGAUGCUUUAUGAGAGUGAUUCAAGCGGCAUUGCUUCUCAGGCCAUGAAGCGAACAGCAAAGAAAUGCAAAUACCAAGGUAUUUGUGAUUAAACUAUUCUAGUUAAAAUGCGGGAAUGGCAUGGAGAAUGCUUGGAAACUGAGGUUUUGUAAUUCUAUUUACUCUAAAAUUCAUACUUAAAACUGCAUAUUACACCUUUUUCGUAUAAAAACAGUUGCUAGCUGUUAUGGAAAGGAAAAUCCAAAGCUUGACUCCCAGUUUUGAAGUUUCUU